CUGCUCACUUCAACAGGAGCCGGAUGUGACGUAUCAAACACAGCUCCGGGACCGCGUUGGAUGUCCGGAUGAAAUAGAGAUGAGCUGUGAGAACGUCAAGUUGUUUGUGGGGAACCUUCCUUUAGAUGCGACCCAUGAAGAGCUCACCAAGCUCUUUGGCCCGUAUGGAGAGAUCAACACCUGCUCUCUGCUCAGGCAGUAUGCCUUCGUCACGUUGAGGGGAGAGGGAGCAGCUGACAGGGCCAUUCGGCAUCUUGAUGGCAAAGAGUACAGAGGCAGGCCCCUGGUGGUUGAGGAGUCACGUGCGCGCCCACCCAACUCUACAAAAGUGUUUGUGGGGAACCUCAGCGCCACAUGUUCAGCAGAUGACUUGCACGGGCUGUUCUCAACUUUUGGAAGAGUUUUAGACUGUGAUAAAGUCAAAGCAAGAUUAUGCUCAAAUGUUGGCUAUGCGUUUGUGCAUAUGGAGAGGAAGGAGGAGGCCGUAGCAGCUAUUGAUGCGCUCAACGGGACCAUGUACAAGGGCCGUCAGUUAGCAGUGGAGCUGUCCAAAGCCCAGCCUUUGAUCAACCAGAUUGUAUCGGCAGGUGGCAGGGAGGGUCUUCUUCCACGACCACCUCCAUCCCUAGAGCAUCACCAGAGUCAAGCAGCUGUGCUUGCAGCAGCUGCAGCAGCCGCGGCUGGCCUACCUAUUCAAGUUCAACAAAGUGUCCAUAACUCAUUCUACAACACCACAUCGUUCGACCCCACCUAUGCUGCACUAAAGGGAAUUACAAGCUCUAAAGGUGCAGAUGGUGUGAUAUAUGGUGCUUUGGCCAGUCAGGUGUAUGGAUCUGUUGCUGACCAGGUGUACCAUGAUAUAGCCAAUCACAAUCCUGGGUCCAGUACAGUUGCCGAAGAAGUAGAGCCACAGACGGGACCAGAUCCAACAACCCUUUUUGAGGCAGCAAGAGCUAAGUUCUUUCAGGAUGGACAAAAGGUUUUGGCCGAGCAGCAGGCUGGGAGGAAGGUAGCAACUUCAGAAAAUGAGCGGGACCGUAGCCCAAUCAGAGGAAAUCGAGCCCCCCUCCUACCCGACCCGGUUCCAGGCUCCUUUGCUCAGAUAAGACCCAAACGCCGCGCCCUGCUACCAACGCCACCUGGAGGGCCUGAAGAGACUGCGGCUGCAACCACCACACCUGAAGGGUCAGAUCCCGUAGCUAGGUCUUAUUCAGAGUACUACCAGCAGAUGCAUCAAUAUCAACAGUAUCAACAGUACCAGCAACAGUACCAAUACCUCCAAUAUGCCUACACCAAUCCUCCGCCUCCUCCCCCACCUCCUCCUUCCCAACCAGCCUCCACACAGCCACAGGCCUCCACCACAACACCGGCACCCCCAGGGACGUACUCUGCGCCUCCUACCUAUGCCGCACCGGGUGCCUACGCACCACCGGGAACAUACAACACUUCAGGAGGGUACGACGCCUCAUCCGGGAACUACACUGCUACACCUGGAAACUACGAUGCCUCGUCUGGAAGCUAUGGCGCAUCUGGAGGCUACGGGCCAGCGGGAGCAUAUGAUUCGUCGGGAGCUUACGCAGCAACAGGAAGCUACUCGGCACCUACACUGUAUGAGCAGACACCCGCACACGGGCAACCCAUGCCCCAGCGCCAUGAUUACCCUUACCACACGCCAGAACCCCCUUAUCGAUAGUCCCACCCCUAAACACUCCUUUCACUCUGCAGAUGUGUGUAUAUGUGUGAGUGUGUGUGUGUGUGUGUGUGUGUGUGUGUGUGAGUGUGUGUGUGUGUGUGCACACGUGUAUUUACAAAAGGGACAGUUUGAAGAGGAAAAUCAGACAGCAAGGUUGUAAUUAGAAUGUGCUUUAAACCUGAAACAUCUCUUUUCUCCGCCGUAUCUAAAUCUCUAACUAGCUCGCCUGUCAGUUGUUGGCUGUUGAGUGAAGUGGUGGAAUAAAAGGUUCUUGAACGAGUAGGGAUAAGUGGAUGGCCCUUAUUAGAAAGAUUUAAAGUCUCUGCUGGAUGUUUGAGAGACACAGCUGGUUCAUUGUUGAAUUUUAAAGAAGCUAAAAUGUUUUUUUUCAGUAUGAAGUUAAACCAAUGAAAUAGGGGAAGCUUUUAUUUGUACUCAUUAAAAGCCCUUUAUAUACAUACAAUAUAGCUAUUUCCCUCCAAAACGCUCAUAAAAUGCUACAAUUCAUAUUAGUGAAUCAUAUACUGCUCCUUCACACAUUUCAUGACUAAACAGUGCUCGGUUGUUAAAUAACAGUAAAAACAGUUUGGUUUCUUUGAACAGAUGAACUGGCACCACGUGGCUUAUUUAUAAAUUGGAUCAAACUGCCAUCAUAGUUGAAGUCGUUGUGCUAUAAUUCAGUUCUGCUUAGGCAGACGUCUCUGUGAUACAUUUGUUCCGAUAUACAUCCAGAUCCACACACUAGUGUUAGAACACCUUGUGGAGUAUGUAACAGGCUUUAGUUUGGAUUCAGCCAGUCUAUCUGCCCUAACGUUUGACAGCCUGAAUAAUAAUAAUAUAUGUCAACCAGAAGGUGAAGCUAAACUGAAAGGAUGUUGUGUUGAAGAAGUCGAUGGCACAGGUUGUUGUUGUCUUUGCUGAAGAAUUUUAUUUAGUAAAGAUUAAGAAUGUUGGUUUAUAAUUCAGAUUGUCUUUUGAAUUUCUUUCACUGAGCUGACAGGCUUAGUGAUUACCAACUGUUCACUCAAAGUGGUGGUGAGUUUUUGGUUAGGGAAAAUGUUCUUAUGUCUGGACUCCCCUUGCUGGAAUUGAAGGUUAUUUUCUAGCAGCCCGUUUGACUGAGGAGCAUAUUGUGAGUUUGUAGUUCAUUUUGCCUUCUAGCAUUAAUAGUGUCUUGAGCUUGUGUUUGUAGUCCGCAUACGCCCUCCUUUAUAAUUAAAAAAAAACAUCGACUGAGCUUAUUUGAUUUUGAAUGGUUAAAGGUUCCUAGUGAGGAAGGAUCCAAGUUUAAAUUUUUAGCAUAGCUUCAACAACACCAGGGCAAAACUACAGCACAUUUUGCUGAAAAUUUCCCUGUCCUGUGUUUUCUUUCAUGGCCCAGAAUCUUAGGCCAGACCCUGUCAAGAAGAAUAAAACACCAGUCGUAUUCCCAGAAAUAAAAUUAAAUCCUGUCAUAGUUUUAGGUCAAAGUUCAUUGUUUACCUCGUUAACUUUGGAGAUGUUCCAUUUUCUCUCUUUCUGUUUCAGCUUUAAGCUGAGUUGUACUCAGAGCAUUUGGUUGAGAAAUACCUAUAACAAAAUGUAGGGUUAUCUCAGUUCAAUCAAGGUUUUUGAGUCUUUUCCAGCCAGUGAAGUGUUGUUUUUGGGUUUGUAACAAAUUUGAAUUUACAUAAGUCAGAGGCAUGACAGCAAGCUUUGUUUUCUGAAUGUAAUAUACUUUACUAUCCAAUUAAUUUUGUGACAUUUCCUAUCAUUAGCUUUUUCCAGUCCCAUCACCUUCUGUCAUUUAGCCUCCACUCCUAUUGGUGAGGUUGAGGGAAAGUUGAGCUUGUUUUCAUAGGAGGAAAUAUAAAACAUGAUACUUGUGUAAAUACCUAAAACCUUAAUUUAAAAUGAAAAAAGCAAUUCCAGCCAAUAAUUGGCUGAACAAGGGAAAUAUUGCCUUUCAAUAUUGAGAUAUGUAAUUGUAUUUCAUCCCCAACAGCUUGAGAUCAUGAAUAGACACGAUAAAACCGGAUAGUUUAGAUGUUGUACUGGUCUGCUUAAUUAAAAAAAAAGGGAGGCAAUCUGUUCUUGUGACAGUGACUGAAAGGAUAACCAUCAUUCUUUGAGCAUUAAUGGAGUGGGGGGUCUUUUUGUAGUAACGCUGUUUGCAAUCUCCCGUGAAGAUUGCAUACAAUUUUGAAGUACAGUUUUAUGAAAACAGGGAAAACAAUAACUUGUCAUUUGAGCUGAGGGCAGGUCCAAGAGUUUUCACUCUAAAUGCCAUGCAGUGGUGUGUUGCUAAUGUUUGUAGGGUCAUUGACUGAGUGGAUUUGAGUUGACAGUCUUGGUGCUGCAGGUGAAAAAUACGGUUCUGAUUUUCAAGGGCUGCAGAUAAUCCCAGUUAAAAGGGCCAACAUCCUUCCGAUCUCAUCAGAAACACACACACGCCUUAUUUUGGUGUUUUGGCUUUCUCUGCAUUGAUAAUAUAACACCUUAACAACUCCACACUUACAUCUAGAUGUAUUAUUACUGGGUUCAUGGCAGAAAACAUGUGAAACUAAUACAAUUGCGCAUCUGAUUCCACCUGCAUUUGAUGACUUAUAGUACUUUUUCCUGUUUUGAUUGUACCAUACACUAGUCAUUCAUCUUAUUUCUUAUUUCCCACCUAAGUUGGUAGUGUUUUUUUAGGCUUAAGUGACACACAGCCUCUCUGAAAUUACUACAUUAUUCCACCUUCUUCCAUGUAAACUGUUAGUUGCAUGCCUUGUUGUUGCUGCUGCUCCAGCCACCUUCUUCCUCUUGCUGAUUAUUGCAGCUAGAGUGGGAGGGAGCCAAACUGAGCCCUUGCCCUGGACGUACGCCACACGCAGCUCUAGCGUGGGAUGGGGAAAACAGCAGCGUUAGGCCUGAAAAUGCUGUGGACGAUGGGGUGCCCCCCCUCUAAGGUAAAUACUCAGACCACACACUCCUGCCCCUCCCCGAAACACGCGUACAAACAAACACACUCAUACACUCACACAGAUACACCUGUGUCGAUACUUCCUGUUCCUUACCUGUCUCUGGGGAUAUAUUUGCAAGGAUUUCAGAUUUUUGAAAAAGGAUCCCUCCGUCAUUUUUGAACAGAAGAUGAUCUUUUUCCUGCUUUCGGUUUUUCCUGGUCAAACCUUAAGUUUUUUUUCCCCCACAAGUUUCCACCCUCAUACAUUCCUGCUCACACACAAGAUCUGAAGGAGACGUCUUUUAGUCUAAAUCUAAUCCCAUUCUGAGGCAGUCGUGUUGUUAAUAGUACAUCCAAAAUCCGACAGCCUGUCUUUCAAGAGAGCAAGGCAAUCACAGCCAGAGCUGGACACGGGACGUUUAGCUAGAAUGGGUUGUUUUAGUUUUUGUAAAUGUGCCCCUGGGGCCACUUUGAGGUUAAGUGCCUUGCUUGAGAGCACAUUGGUAGGCCCUUCAUUUCAGAGUUGAAUAACCUGGCUCAGGAUCGGUUGCUGGUUCGACGCUCAACUCCCCCUCACCCCAACAACAAUUUUUGAUGCCACAUUCAACUUGUAUGAAUGACCAUGAACACAAAUAUUACAUUUUGUUUUAAAUGACAUUUUGUCCUAUGUUCAAUUAUCAAUAAAUGAAUUUCAAAUGAA